CCUCUUCAAACAAUGCCUUUGUUCUCUUUCGCGGCCUGUUGCGAGGCCAUCCGUUCUCCUUUCUCUUCCCUUGGUUCUGUUCGUACCGCAACAAAGCGAGCGGGAGGCUCAAUUCGCAAUCAUGGUGGCUCUCCCGGAAAGCGCUUAGGUGUCAAAAAGUUCUCAGACGAAUAUGUGAUUCCUGGUAACAUCAUUGUGCGGCAACGAGGCACUCAAUUUCACCCUGGACAACAUGUCAAAAUGGGCCGUGACCAUACAAUCUACGCUACUGUUCCUGGAUUUGUCCGCUUUUACAAGGAGGAACGUUUGCGAACUGUGCGCAAGUAUGUCGGCGUCGUUCUGACCCGCGGCGAGAAGCUUCCCCGGGACGAGACUACCCUCGGCCGCUCACGGUACUUCGGGUUAGUUGACCUCAAUAGUCUCCAGUCCAAUCCACCCGCGGUGGAGACAGCACCAUCACCAUAACGGCUCCUCACUCACUGUAUCCUCUCCUUGGUUUGCAUACCAUCUUCUGCUUGCAUCUAUUCAUCAGGCGUGACAUUUUCCGUCGUCGAUAUCAC